AUGAUCACGUUCAUCACUCUGUUCGGCAAGAAGAGGUUCCUGCGAUUGCCGAUAGGGAUCUCGUUCGCACCGGAGUACCUCCAGCGGAAGAUGGAGAAGAUGCUGGACGGACUGUCCGGAGUCACCGUCGACAUGGACGACACCGUGGUGUUCGGAGAUGCCGCCAGCUACGGUGCACAUCUCGAAGCUGUCAUUAGGAGGAUCCACGAGUCUGGCCUCAAGCUGAACAGGAAAAGGCGCGAGUUCCGGAAGAACAAGGUCAAGUUUCUGGGGAUGAAGAUCAGCAAGAACGGCAUCAGCAUGGACGAAGAAAAGCUCGAGAGUGCCCGCUCCAGACCUCUUCUCUAG